CUUGGGUCGGCCUCCCGUCGCCCCAUUUUUAGUUUUGAAUUAAAAUAAAUUAACUCACACUUAAUUUCUGUGAAGCACUAAGUUAUACAUACCCGAAAGUGCUGCAAAUGCAAGUUAUUGAUUCAAAAUGUGUAUAUCAAAAUGCGGAAUUGCAUAACGCGCGCAUAGCACAUCCGCAAACGCACCCCUCCCACCACACACACAUGUGCUCGAGUCGAAGAAGUAGCAGCGGCAGAGAAAAAGGAGUCAAAUUUAAGCAAAAAUAAUCGGCAAAUGCGCUAAUCUGCGCCUGAAGGUAUGCAACCGCAGUCGGAUAAGCAAACCGCUAGCAGACUCGCACCAACAACACCAACCACAGCAGCAGCAGCAACAGCAGCAGCCUCUACUGAGCGGCCAAAAGUAAAGGUCAUCAAGAGCAAGCGUCCACUUUGCCAUUUCAAGUUCUACUUGGACAUUUGCGACCAUCAGCUAGCGAAGCGCAUCGAGGCGGACAUCAAGGCACUCGGCGGCAAUCUUGAGUUCUUUCUCAGCGACAGCAUCACACAUUUUGUCACCGAUAAGCCAGAGGCGAGUCUUCCAGGCAACACCGGCACUGGCACCACCCCCCAACCACCCAAAACACCUGCCACACCAGCCACCCCCGGCACACCAGGCACAGGAAGCAGCCAUCUCUGCCAGGAUGAUGGCCAGCAUCAAAGGAAAAGCAAUAGGCAAUCCCGUGCCGAUGCCAUUUUGAGUCGUGUGCGGCGACAAAACAGCACCGGGAGCACCGCGGUUGGGGUGGGUACUGCCACACCAACAUCCACGUCAACAGCCUGCAGCACAACCAGAUCCUACACCAUCUGGCAGACGGAUCACGCCCAACGCAUCUUCAAGCGCAUUCAGACGGAACUGCGCCAGUACCUAGAGGGAAAGAAGGAGGGACCAGCAGCAGGAGGAGGUGCAGGAGGAGCAUCAAAUGUUAAUACCCAUCAAAUACAGCUCAAGAAGCAGUAUGUGAAGAUCGAAUCGGUGAAGCGUAACUGCAGGCCCUACUAUCAUUUGAUAAGGCAGCCCGACGAUUGGCCAAAAAUUGAUUUAAGCAGCGACGACGGUGCCUUCCGUCUGCUUACGAAAGUCAAAUCGAAAGAGCAACAAGAAAGUAUGACGCGCAAGUCGCUCGGAUCGCGUACAUCCCAGAGAGAUAAACCAAAGGAGGAGCAACAGCAGUCAGUCCAACAUCCGGCACUCAAGCAGCUCAAAAAGCAGGCAACGGUCAUACCCAACAGUCCGCGUUCCCAUUGCCGUGGUGAGCCCAAGGAGUCGAGCGAAAAGCAGGGCGGCGUCUGUGAGAUCUGCAAGAUAGAGUACGAUAUCCUGGCCAUUCACCUGAAGAGCAAGGAUCACGAGCUCUUUGCCAAAAACGCGGACAACUUUCUGGCCCUGGACACGCUUAUACAGUCGUCGGCGAAUGUGAAUCGGUUUCUGGAGCAGGAGCCAGACGAAGAGAGCGAUAUCGAUAUGGAUGUUGAUGAGAAACAGCUAUUAAGUGCUUCCUCGGCGAACGAAGAUGUUGGACAACGACAGGCACUGCCCCAGCCCCUACCCAGCCCCAACAGCAGGCAACGACCCUCCCCGGCGCUAAGAGAGAAAUCCAAGCGGAUAACCAAAGGCAAGCAUUCAUCGGAAAAGUUCCAGGCGACACCCCCAGGAGGCUCCCCGAUGACUCCUUCUCCGACUGGAAAGAAAAGCGGCGGCAACAGCGCGCAGGGCAGUCUCACGGAGCUGCAGCGUCAGGAGCAGCCCAACACGGCAGCGGCCACGCCCACGACCCACAACACAACGCGACGGAAAGCCCAACAGAAUUCUGGUCUAUCGCCACCCAUCAGAGCCAUGCUGCCACCCUCCUCGCUCUACAAGGUCGUAGAGACGCGUGAUGAGUGCGGCGCCACGCCCCCCCGACGCGGUGGCGUCGGCGGACGACAAGCAAGCAACAAUGUGGACUCACCCUCGCUGAUUGUCAAGUUCCAGAAGGUGCGGCAGUCGGAGCUGCAGCGCCUUAAUGGAGAGGCCGAGAAUUUUAUGUUCCCCCGCACAGCAUCGACGACGACCACGACGAGGAGCAGCAGCGAACUGCUAACGGAUGUGGAUCGCCAAACCACGUCAGAUGUGAGGGGCAGGCACAGUAUUUCCUCAGCCAGCCUAGACACAAGCACCAGCGAGGCUGAGACACAGCAGGCUCAGUCACAGUCACAGCCACAGCCAUCGGAAAGCGGCGUGCUUCGGAAGCGUGCCCAGGCCGUGGGCAGGCGAAGGAGACCAGCCGCGGCAGCCGCGGCAGCCGAACAGCAGCCACUGCUGCAGCGUCAGCUAUCCACUGGGAGCAGCAGUAGCAACAGUCAGCAGCGCUUUCCGAGCGCCCCCAUCCAGCCAGACGACGACGAACCAACGACGGCGACGGAGCCAGAGCUAAAGCUUAAGGUGAAGCAACCGCCGGCCACCAGGAAGAGCAGUCGCACUGCCACCGCCAUUGUUACGGCGGCAACGACCAGCAGUCAGCAACAGCAGCUGCAGCUGCGGCAGACGAGAGGUGGAGGUGGAGUCAAACUGGAGGAUAGGAUGGGGGAAGCAACAAAAGCCAAGAUUAAAAUCAAACUAGAACCAAUCGAACCCGAAGAAGCAGUGGAGGAGGAUCUCGAUCUCGAUGAUGAUGAUGAUGAGGAAUUCUCUUGCACUUCGGGUAGCGAUGAAGACUAUGUGGCAGACAGAAGACGCCGCCAUAAGCUGGAGCCGCAACCAUCAGCAGUUGUUGCGGUGGCUACAGCGACACCACCAACCCGUUCCGAUACCCGAGAGGAGCGUGCGGAACGACGACGCUCGCGAUUGACCAUCAAUCGCAGUGCCGGAGAGACGGAGCUCCUGCAGACUGAGGUCAAAGCUAAGAAGCCAAGGGGCAAGAGCCAGAAACCCCCCACAACACCAAAGUCCAAAGCGAAGCAGAAAAAAGGUCAGAAGGGGGGACAACAGACACCGGCCAUGGAUAUGUUCUUCGAUUGCAGCAAAAGCGAGCUCCUGAGAAAGAUGCAAUACACAUUCGAGUCCCUUCCGAAUGGAGAGCUGUGGAAUCGUGUGUUCAUGCGGCAGGAUGCGGGCGAGGAGAACUACUACACGUACUAUGGCUCCACGAGGUAUCGCAAGCUGCCCUACGAGAUGGGACCCAUACCCAUGGCUAGAACGCUGCCGGCACACAGUUGCGCCCUGUGCCGGGCAGAGCAGAAACAAAAACAGGAGGAGGCACCACAGAAGUGUGAAAGUCCAGUCAAAAAGGAAGAGGAGACGGAAGCGCAACCAGGGACGGCAUCAUCCUCGUCAUCGUCUUCCAUGUACAAGCACAAGAAGAUGCAUCUGCUGCAGCGCUACCAGAAGGAACAGCAGCAGCUGCAACAGGAGAAGGAGACACAACUAAGCACUGCCAUAGCCAUAGCCAAAUGUGAUAGCAAGGCCAGCACUCCAGAGCUUCUCGAGCGUGAAUUUGCCACAGAUCGUGUCCAGCUGAUUGAGCGUGUGAGGAGCACGUCCAGCUCCAGUUCCGGCAUGACCUGUCGCAACAAGCAGCUGGCACGGUUGGCCGAACUGCCGCCCAGGAAAUCGCCGCGUGAACAUGCCUCCACACUGGCCCUGGUCAGCUGCAUCAUCCGUCAGCGUCAGGAUUCGCAGAGUAAAACCAACUCCGAGGCAGAGGCGGAACCGCCGCCUCCAGUUAUAGUUUCUCCCAAACUGAAGACGCCUUUAAAGCAGGAGCAGGUACAGGCACCCGCCUCACCGAGGAAUACACGCUCCCAGGCGGCCACACCCGUCGAGGAGCUGCGGUUUGCCACCGAAAUCAGUGAGACUGUGAAACGCAUGCGGCGUGGACAGAACAAAUACGAUCAUUCCCCACCUGCCCCGGCACCAGUUGUAGUUCCAGUCCAGCCUGAACCGCCAGCAGCCGCAACCGAAUCGCCUGGCAGAAGUCGUCGUCUGCCACCAGUGGCCAAUGCCAGUCUCAGUCACAGCUAUGCCCGCCGUUUGCAGUUCUCCGCGCGACGUGAAGCGUGUUCCGCCAGCGUGCUGUUGGGCAAGCGCAAAAGGAAAAACCAUCCAGCCGUGCGUCCUCCCCAACAGCAGCCGCCUGGAAUAAUGCGCGGAGUGCGCAAGCUGCCCAGCAAGAAGGGUCUGCUCGAGUACGAGAUGGAGCCGUGUGCCUUCAAGGCUUUGGACAAGGCCAUGCAGUAUGAAAAUGCUGGUCUGGUUGCCUGGCAGCUGGACAAGUAUCUGGAGUCGGCUGGCAAGGAGUUCGACCUGGAAAUAGAGGACACGGAGGACACCAUGGAGGAACUGUCGCCAGCAGAGCGUGCGCAGGACACGCCACCCCCAACGGAUUGCUGUUUCACGAGCGAAUUUGACCUCUGUGAUCUCCUGACGGGCAGUGCUGGCAGCGGCGACGACGAGGAGGAUGCCAGCCGAGGAACUGGAGCAGGGAACCAGCUGUCUGGCACCAGUCGACGCUUGGGCAGCAUGGGAAAUCUCUACACCACUUACUAUCGCAAGCGGAAGAGCCUAAAGUCGAAGACGAAUCGAACGGGUUGGCCCAAGACUCACAGGCGACGCGGCUGCGGUAAUGGCGCUGGUUUCGGUGCUCGAUCCAUGCCUGAUGAGAGGAUCAACUUUAAAAAGAUGGGCCUGGGGGAGAUGUCACCCAUCAAGCAGGAGCCCAUGGAGACGGAGGAGGAGCAGACUACCACCACCACCACAACAACAACCACAAUGGCGGAGAAGCUGCUGAGCAAAGAAGAUGAGGAUGAAGACGAGGAUGGGGAAGGUGAUGGAGGACAAGGUGCUGCUGCCCGGGAAGAGGCUGUCAUGACACCACCAGCCACAGACGUGGAUGAGCAGGGAGGAGAACCCCAGGCGGAAGCGGAAGCAGAAGCGGAUGAGAAAGACAGUCUGCCCGAUGAAGAUGAGACCAUGGCGGAUUCGGUGGAUGAGCAGCAGGACGAUGAAGCGGAAAUAGAGGCCACCGAUGCGGAUAUCGAAGAGGAGGAUGAUGAAGAAGAUGACGAGGAGGAAGAGGAUAUCUUUGAAGAUGCCUUCGAGGAGCAGCAAGUCCCUCAUGAGGUGGAGCCAAAGCUCACAAUCGAUGAUGAUGAUGAUGAUGAACCACCCGAGAAGCGUUCCCGCCUGCCCUCCAUCUCUGUAUCUACCCCACCCGAUGAUCCACAGCCGAUGAGCCCCGGCAAGAAGCUGCUGCUCACUCUCCACAAUGGCCAUCGUCUGAAUCCGGCCACUUCCACGCCGAGCACAGGCCACCAGCAGCGUCGCAGUACUCCCCAGCUAAAUGGCAGCCUGGGCAGCUGCAUAUCGCCCAGCGAGAAGCUGGGCGGCGACAAUUCGGACAUCUUCACCGUCUCCUCGGAUGGCCUGGACACGGAUCUUGAUCUGAGCAACACCCAGGCUGGGGACUCGCAUGAGCAGCACUGUCCUCACCAGCAGACGACGCCCAAGCGGAAGUUCGACAUUUCCAAGUAUGCGCCACCGAACAGUGGCAAGGCAGCCAGCAGUUGUGCCGCCGAAGCGGCGACAGCGGCUGUGAAAUCCCUGGCCAUCUCGCAGUUUCUCAAGAAGGAGACUUGCGCAAACUCAUCAAGUAUGAGGAGCGUCUGGCGGAGGGCCCAAAGGACGACAAUUUCAGCAGGCUGCAUAAACGGGGCACCGUCAGCUCGCGUGCCAAAUUAGGAGGAGAGAACGAUAAAGACAAGGACAAGGAGAAUGCCGCUCCAGCAUCAA